AGGUUAGCUUUUUUACAACUUGACAGAGAAAAGAAUUUAAGUUGCCCCGAACGGAAUGAUAAAAGAACCCAAUAUUAUCAAAGAAGUUCAGACGACGUCCUCAAUAUUUCGGACAAGAUAAAGAAAUUGGCCCGUCUUACACAGGACACAAUCGCUGCUGUGACGUCACGGAUGCUAACCUCGUUCUCGUCGUUUUCCUUUUCUCCUCUGCUAUUGACUAAACAGGGGGAAUAGCACAUGCCGUACAGAGGAGCCGACCACAAGGAGAAACUAGCUUCAAUCUCGACAAUUAUCUGCUAUUUUCGACCGAGUUAACGAGGUCUUCGAGGUAUGAAAGUCUCGGUGUUUGACGUCGGCGGCUCCGAGACGUGACAAAAAUUCUUUCGGCAGCGGAAAGAUUUUAGCGCGGCUUUUGACCAGUGAAAUGGCUUCUGCCUUUCGCAAACUGUUUAAACCCUCGGGGGAAGGAUCCGGGGGCCGAAAGAACGCCGGAGAAUCCAACUCUCCCGGCCACCAGUCGGCCGCCCUUCGAUUCUUCGGACACUGUUCCAGCCCCAGGAGCGGGAGGAGGGACGCCAAAGUCGGUCCUGCCGAGACCCCAUCCCCCGGUAAGGGCGGCGCUUCCGGAGGAGUGGCUCUUAAAAGUAAAUCCAAAAGCGGCCAGAAAUGCAAAGAGACGGAACAGAACGGACAGACGGUCAGGACCAGGAGGCUGAUGAAGGAAUACAGAGAAAUCUGUAGGAACGUCCACUCCGUCGAGCGCCCGCCCUUCACCGUGGAAUUAGUAGAAGACAACCUCUUCGAAUGGAACAUCAUGCUGUAUCAGCUGGACCCGGAAUCAGAAUUUUACAGGGACAUGCAAGAAAUGGGCAUCACUUACAUUCUGUUGAAUCUCACUUUUCCCGAAAACUUUCCUUUUUCUCCCCCCUUCAUGAGGGUCAUAUCCCCCCACAUCGAGAAAGGAUACGUCAUGGAGGGCGGUGCCAUCUGCAUGGAACUGUUGACCCCGCGCGGCUGGGCCUCCGCCUAUACGGUGGAAGCCAUCAUCAUGCAGUUUGCCGCCAGUUUGAUAAAGGGACAGGGCAGAAUCUCCCGGAAAUGUAAAACCGGAAAGGAAUUCAACAGGAAAUUGGCCGAAGCUUCCUUCCGCAGUUUGGUCAAGACUCACGAGAAAUACGGAUGGGUCACACCUCCCUUGGCCGACGGAUAAUUUUGGGAAUCUCGGUCCUCCUUCGAUUUUAAGAGCCGGCGCGGCGGACUUCUAAAACGUGACCGUGUCGAAAUGUACAGACGACUUCCUAUGCUCAAUUUGUGUAUUUGUGGAUCAUAAAUAAAAACGUAGAAAAUUAUCGUUGGUCUGCAUUCACGCCAGAAUUUCCCCAUUUGUUACGGAAAAUACGGCCGGCUUCACAAAACGGUAUUUUUG